GCAUUUUCAACUCAAGCGGCCACAAGCUUCUGAUGGCCGUUUCCUGUUUCAACCUCCACUGCGCCGUCCCCAACCUCCGUCUCCUUCCUCCGCCUCCUCCUCAAUCCGAAACCCUAACCCUAACCCUAACCACAACCCGUUGCCACCACCCAUCACCUUCGCUUCCCCGCGUCACCGCCCCUCCCUUCCACGCGAGAAGGAGAGCCCUCUUCUCCUCCUCCAUUUCCCACUCCCCUUCUCCCUUCCCUCGACCCUUCGCGUCGACAGCUUCGACAAUGGAGGGUACGGCGAGAGUGGAGGACCACGAAGCCUCCUCCAUGAAGCUCCUCUUCGUGGAGAUGGGCGUCGGCUACGAUCAACAUGGACAAGAUAUCACUGUGGCGGCUAUGAGAGCUUGUAGGGAUGCGAUCUCUUCCAAUUCCAUUCCUGCGUUCCGGCGAGGGUCGAUACCGGGCGUUAAUUCAGACCAGAUGAAGCUUCAGAUCAAGUUAGGGGUUCCUCGAUCGACCCAGCAUUUGCUCGAUGCCGAGAGGGUGAAAUCCAUCUUUCCUUAUGGUAAGAUUAUUAGUUUUGAGGUCGUCGACGGAGGGAUGAUAUGCUCAAGUGGUGUAUGCCUCGAAGCAAUGGGAGAUAAAAAUGAUGAUUGCUAUAUAGUCAAUGCUGCUGUUUAUGUAGGUUAUUGAUGUUUUCAUUAGUCUCUUAUUUUUAUUUCUCAUAUGUAGAAUAAUCUCCUAUGUGGAAUGUGCUCUCUAUAUGCUUUAUAUUUGUACAUUGUUAGCUUGUAAUUGUAUUAAAGAUGUUCUCUUUUUUGAAAACAAACUUAGAAUUUUUUGUUUGGUGGCUGGAGAAUAUGUACAUCGAAACUUAGUUCAAGUGUGCGUAUUUUAAGUAAUGGAAGUCCAUGUUUGCAAA